CAGUUAUCGCACGGCCCGAGAAGGAAACGCAGACAAACGCGCGUAAAAUUUUACAAAAAAAAAAACAAAACGUUUUUCGCAACUGAAAUAGAUCGGCGUGUGACAGUGACAUUAUGUUUUUAAAAUAACCUUUUUUUAUUUGUGUUUUUGAAGUAGUAAUACCAUGGAACGGCAAAGUUCAACCGGUGAACAAUUGAUAAAAAUGUUUCGUCCCACCCUGUUCCGUGGUUUGAGUGUAGACUCAGCUGAUCUGUCCGGGUAUGAACUCGAUAGGAGCCGUCGCGCGUCAUUAUCUGCCGAACAGCGGAGGAAGCUGAGCUUACUCCGCACGUCAAGCAUACCCUCGCGCCUCAAGCCGGUGAGCCACAUUUACCACUUGGUACCCUGCCCAAGGAAGUGCUGCAAUCAGAAAUAUGUGGUCAGCACCGACCGAAGUGGAGACAUACACGUUCAUGUACAAGGGGAUCUGACUCAGCAGGAUAAAAGAUGUGUCUUCCUGACCGUUCACGACUUAGGCACCAACCAUUCAUCAAUGGUGGACUUCGUGAACAGUCCAGCUAUGUCAGAGAUCAAGGAGAGGUCCUGUUUCAUUCACAUUGAUGUGCCAGGCCACGAAGAAAACUCUCCGGAUUUACCUGAUUCGUAUCAAUUCCCUUCACUCCAGACACUGGGUGAGGACUUGGUAACGGUACUGGAUUUCCUCCACAUCCGCUAUGCAGUGGGUAUAGGCGAGGGUGCCGGUGCCAAUAUUCUGGCUCGAUGUGGGCUCGCCCAUCCUCGCCGUCUUCUCGGAUUGGUCCUCGUCAACUGUACCGCAUCAACUUCUUCUGUAGCUGACGCCUUCAGAAGCAGGUUCUCAAGAUGGAGGGGAGCAGAUAUCUCUCAGUCCGAAGAGGACUUCCUGAUUUACCAUAAGUUUGGACAUCAAAUCUCUAGCGAUUCGUGCGAACCGAAUGAAAAAGAUCGCAUGCUGGCGGAAUACCGGUCCCGGCUUCGCGGCAAUCUCAACCCGCACAACAUCAAGCUCUUUGUUAGAGCUUUUAUCAACCGGAAAGACCUACUCCUGAAAGGUUGCCGACCUGACAUCUUGCUCAUCACGGGAACGCUGAGUCCCUACAGCAGCGUCAUCGAGAAACUCUACAAGGAGCUCGACCGGGACAGAGUCACUAUACUGAAAGUCGAGAGAGUCGGUGACGUUUUGGCUGAAGCGCCCGCCAAAGUGGCGCAGUCACUCCUCUUGUUCUGCCAAGGACAAGGUCAGCUGACGUCCCUCCCGCCGCCCGGCGUUGAGAGGCGCAUGUCCCGCGCCAUGUCCAUGGAGGAGUACGACAAGCCCAACAUCAGGCGGCUCUCCCUCACGCCGAGCGUGGCCGAUUCUCCGCCGCAUACAAAGCUCUAGGGAAUCGAGUCUUUGCUUGAAGAGUUCGAAGCUUAGGCUCACGCUAAAUGUUUGUCCUAGGGUCACCAUGAAAGUAAUUUUACUUUGGGUAUUGAAAAUCAGAUUAGUUACUUUCACAAAGACAUUCAGUCAACUUUAUUGUAAUUGUAGACUUAAUUUGUUGCUAUAGAU